UGCUAUUGAAGCAAAUCUUGAAGGCUUGACAUUAAGUUCUGUUGGUCUAACAUCACGGUCAAUUGAUAUGCUUUGUCAAGGAUUACCAAAAUGUGUUCAUUUGAAUCUGUUGGAUUUAUCAUGGAAUAAAAUAAAUAAGCAAAGUUUUGAAAUAUUAGUUGAUACAAUUAAUCAUUUACCAUUGUUGAUUUACUUAUCUUUGUCUAAUUGUGGUAUUCGAGAUUCAUAUGGUCGACCGAUUGGUGAAAUAUGUCGCCAUAAAAGAUUAAUGGAUAUUAAUUUAACUGGAAAUGAAUUUGAAGAAAUGGCAUGUAUAUUUAUUGGAAAUGCACUGACAGACAAUAUGAGUUUAAAAGAUUUAAAUAUAAGUUGGAAUUUUAUUCGAAGUUAUGCUACCAUUGCUUUAUUACGAGGAUUUGAAACGAAUAGAACUCUGACAAAUUUUGACAUAUCAUGGAGUAACCUUGGCUACGAUGGAAGUGUUGCUCUUCGUCGAGUGCUAAUUGCAAACACUGGAUACGGAGUAUUAUAG